AUGGCCAUAAUUACACUACCUAAAGCGGAUAACCUCAGUAUUUCGGAUCGUCAACAGCUCGCAGAGUGGAAUGCUGCCGUCUCAGAAACCCAGGGACUAUGUGCUGGGGACCUUUUUGCGCGUGUUUGCCAGGAGAAGCCAAACGCAACGGCCGUGGAGGCAUGGGAUGGCAAGCUAACUUUCCAUGAACUGGAUGUGAAAUCCUCCAUGCUUGCCCGGCUCUUGCUAAAGCAAGGUGUCGGACCCGAGGUAUUUGUAGCAAUCUGCUCAGACAAGUCAUAUUGGACUACCAUCGCCGUCUACGCAGUGACCAAGGCCGGUGGUGCCUUUGCGCUCUUGGAUCCCUCCCACCCGCUCACUCGCUUGCAGGAGAUCACGAGCGAUCUCCGAGCGCAUCUGGUGCUUUGCUCCCCAGGUCGAGCAGAGCUCGCCAGCCAGCUGGCUGACGGUCUGUCCAUGGUCAUUCUCGACAACCGCCUGGAGGAAGAACUCGUGCAACUGGAUGCCGGAGAACCGGUGCCAUCCGUUAGCGUGAAGCCUCACCAUCCUCUCUACGUCGUAUUCACCUCGGGGUCGACCGGAAAGCCCAAAGGCACCGUUCUUACCCAUGAAGCUAUGACAUCUGCUUUACUGGCCUACAAGGACGCUCUGCAGCUCGGCCCACAUGCACGGGUGCUCCAAUUCGCCUCGUACUCGUUUGAUGUGGGCGUCUACGACCAAUACUGGUCUAUCUUGCCAGGCGGUUGUCUCUGCGUACCCUCGGAUGACGACCGCCAGAAUCGUCUGGAGGAAACCUUCAACAAGUGGCAGGCGAAUUGGGUACAACUUACUCCAUCGGUUUCACGGAUCAUAGAUCCCCGCAAUGUACCUUCGUUGAAGUACCUGGUCCUCGGAGGCGAGAGUCUCACACGCCGUGACCUUGAUACUUGGAACCCCCAUGUGCAUGUGGUCGGCCUGUAUGGUCCUGCCGAGUGCUCUAUGGCUGUCACUGUGCAGACUUCUUUCACACCUUCUACACCCCUAGCCACUCUCGGCCAUGCGUACGGGACAAGGUGCUGGGUGGUUGACGCACACGACCAUACAAAACUGGUACCUGUAGGUGCCACCGGCGAACUAAUCCUGGAUGGGCAGAUAGUCAGCCAGCGGUACCUCAACAACCCGCAGCAGAAUGCCCGAGCCUUCAUUCAAAACCCACCUUGGCUACCCUCAAACCGACCGUCCGACCGACUACUAUAUAAGACGGGCGACCUGGUACGGUAUCAGUCUGAUGGAACACUAUACUUCCUAGGCCGGAAAGACACCCAGGUCAAGCUGCGUGGUCAACGCAUCGAGCUCAGUGAGGUUGAACAUCAUGUCCGGCAGCAUUUGACCGGCCGCCCUGAGGUCGUCGCAGAGGUCGUUGUGUCCCCCAACCGAUCACCCUCGUUGAGCGUCUUCAUCUUAUCACCAACUUCUGACGAUAAAGACGAGCUGUUCGGUCGCGCGGAUGAGGCAUUCAGAGCGCAGGUGCGAGAGCUACAAUCCCAGGUUCGACAGAGUGUGCCGCGAUAUAUGAUCCCAGAUGUGUAUCUGCGUCUCAAUCGUCUCCCCAUGACCAAGACAGGAAAGACAGAUCGCAGGCAUCUACGCGACCAGGCAGCACAGCUCAAUGCCGACCAAUUGUCGCUCUACAGUGGUAUGUCUAGUGCGGCCAGCAAGGCGAUGCCGAUUGGAGCAGCGGAGGAAAUUAUGCAAGGUCUCUGGGCCGACAUCCUCGGGGUCUCGCAACUCAGUAUUGGCCGCAACGAUGGGUGGGUGUCGCUGGGAGGGGACUCCCUGCUGGCCAUGAAACUCGUAGGCAAGGCACAGCAUACACCGGGGCUGGCCAACUUCACCGUGCCGGACGUUUUCAACUCUCCUACUCUGGCAGACCUCGCAAGACUGACAACCAUGGAUUCAGCUUCCCGCCAGCUGCUCCCGCCCGUUGAGCCUUUCGGUCAGCUAUCGUCAGCCGAAAGAACGGCUAUUGUUCAAAAGGCGCAGGAUCAAUGUCAGCUGGCUCCCGGAGAAGCUAUAGAAGAUAUCUAUCCUUGCACAGUACUACAGGAACGUAUAAUCCGGCCGUCAGAGCAGCACCUGGGGAACUAUACCCUGCGGAUGGAGUUCUCGAUGCCCGCUGACGUGGACGAGGAUAGGCUGGCACGGGCCUGGAAGCACAUGGUAGCCUGCCAUCCCAUUCUGCGCACGCGAAUUAUCGAGAUUCAGCCUGAGCGGUGGUACCAAGCGGUAGUCCGUGAAGAGAUUCCCCUCGACCGGCCGACAAGUCUGGAAAGCUACAACACCCAGAACGCAGAUACCUGGGGCAUCGGACGUCGUUUGGCAUGUGCGGCCUUAAGCCAGGACAAGGGAACUUUGGUAGUGGUGCUGCAUCACGCACUGUACGACCUGUAUACCCUCACACAGCUCUUUCUUCACAUGGAUCAGGAGUACCGUGCAGAAGCACCAUCCUCACCCAGCAUCAUUCCCUACAGUGCAUUUGUGCGAUGGACCCGGGAGAUCGAGCCGCGCACCCGGAAGUUCUGGGCCAACAUGUUUGAGGGCUUUCAUGGUAGCAUCUUCCCUCCGCUACCAACCCCGUCCCAUCAAUCUCUCGAGAACGCGGAACUACAUCAGCACGUUCCCCUUGUAGCGGAUGAGUUUACCGCAUCCAACAAGCUGGCUCUCGCCCUGGCGAUCGUAACUUCGUGGCAUAUUGGCGUGCCCGACGUCGCCUACGGCUUCACCAUGGCUCGUCGCGGAGCACCUGUGCCGGACAUCGCGGCUAUGGUGGCGCCGGCGGCGACCAUCUUGCCUGUCAGAGUGCAGUUAAACGAGGAGCUGAGCGUGCGAGCAAGUUUGCAACGCAUGAGGCAACAAUCUUUGGAAAUGAUGUCCGUUGAAGGCAUCGAGGCCCGCGACAUUGCUACCCUCAACCCUGGCGCUGCUGCCGCGGGUCAAUUCCAGACACUGUUGCUCAUUCAACCGGACAUCUCUCAGGAGUUCCCUGGCCUGUUUACCCGUUGGCAGAUGAUUACCGAUCGCAUGCGAGCACAAUGGGCGCUCAUGCUGGCAUGCUGGUUGUCGUCUGAUUCUGUGACGCUGACGGCCAAAUUCGAUCGAGAGGUCAUCAAUCACGCGCAAGUACAAGGCUUUUUGGACGAGAUGAAGGCUGUUAUGGCUUUGUUGCACGACAGUCCGCAAAUGUUGCUAAAGGACAUUCAUGACCACGUUCAUAACGAGGCUAAAGUGCCAGUUCACGUUGUCGCCAAGCCAGUUGACUUGGUUGAAGUUUGA